GAUGGUUUAUAAUGUUGCAAGAAAGGGCAGCUUAAAUCGUAAACAGGCUAUUAAUAAAAUCCGUUAGGAAAGAGAUUUUGUUCUGGCGAAUAAGUUCCAGUCCAAAAUAAAAAAACGAAAAUACGUUAAAUGUAACGAAGUAAAAAGCGACGACGAUAAAAAUACUUUUGCGGUACUUCCUUGUAUGCAUUGUUGGGGAUAUUACUCCACGCAAACUCUUAGAAGGCAUGUCAAACGUUGUACAUUUAAUAAAGAAGUUGGAACUUUUAAACGGCAACGCUCUUAAGCAGAAAGUUAUACUUUAAUGUCAGAUCAUUUUGAGCCAAAUGAUCCUUUUCGUACAUCAGGAAUACUAAAUUCACUUGAAGCAGAUAAGGUAUCUAUGGUAACUAAAGGUAGAUCACAUAAAGACAAACACCUAAUUUUUGUCGCCAGGACAUAUAUGAGACCACUUGCUUGUCUUCUUAUUGAGGUGCGCAACAUUAAAAACGAUAAAUCUUUGUCUCUUUUGCCUAUUUUGCACCCAAGCGAAUUUAAAUCAUUUGUAGCAACAACACUGCAGAUUAUAAAACCUCUGGCUCUGAAGACGGGAACAUUACUGAAAAAGGCAAUUGGUGGUGCCUAUUAUCUAGAAAUACAAAAAAAUCGGAUCAACUAUUUAAAAUGUUUUAAAUUCAAUGAAGAAUUAAUUGAAGAAGAAAGGGCUACAGAAGUUUCUUUAGAAGCAGGACUAAAUAUAAAUAGGUUUAUCAAAACUACUACUUUGCCUAAAACAGAAGAUAUCUCAAAAAUUAAAUAUUUAGAUGUAUUAAUUGCCAAAGAAAAAACUGAAUUAAAUUCAAAUUCUACAAAUGAGGCAACAUACGAACAAUUAAUUGAAGGAACCUAUCGUUAG